AUGUGCGUUCCUCGGCAGUCCUUGAGUCUGCGCGUCCCUGAGCUGGUGGCGACCGGGCCCAACCAGCGCAACUGGCGCGGCAUCCUGAUCGCGCUGCUCGUGAUCGUGGCCGUGCUCGGCCUGAUCGUGUUCUCGAUCGUGCUGCUGUCGCCGCCCGACGAGGGGCCCAGGGUGAAGGGCACCAAGUUCACGCUGGACGACGUGCUGAGUCAGCGCUUCCGGCCGCCGCCCUUCAACGGCACCUGGGUCUCCGAGACCGAGCUGGUGUUUCGCGACCAGUUUGGCGGCGUCUCUCUCCUCAACGCGGAGAACCUCACCACCAGGGUCAUCAUGACCAACUCGACCUUUAGACAACUGAACGCGGCGGACUUCCUCAUUUCGAGCGACCUUAAGUACGUCCUGCUCGUGUAUAACAAGAAAAAGGUGUGGCGCUACUCCUACCAGGCGAGCUACCACGUCUACGAGGUAGAAACACAGAACAAGUACUCGGUGUCGCCGGUGGAGCUGGACCGGCAGGCGCCGCGCCUGCAGCACGCCGUGUGGUCCCCUCGCGGCUCCAGCCUGGCCUUCGUGCACGACAACGACGUCUACUACAGCGCAGACCCGCGCCGCAGGGCGCCCGUGCGCGUCUCCAGCGCCGGCGUGCCCAACACCGUCUUCAACGGGGUCGCCGACUGGCUCUACGAAGAGGAGAUCCUGAAGAGCAGCGGCGCGAUGUGGUUCAGCCCGGAUGGCCGCUACCUGCUGUACGCCACGUUCAACGACACGCGAGUGGGGGAGCUGCGCUACCCCUGGUACGGCACCGCCCAGAAGGACCGGCCACAGUACCCACAGCUCCGCACUCUCCGGUACCCCAAGGUGGGCACGCCUAACCCCGUGGUGACGCUGUGGGUGGCGGACGUGAGUAACCCCAAGCAGGUAAUCGUCACCGACCUGAAGCCGCCGCUCGAGGUCAAGUCUUCACAAGCUCAGUGGGACCAGUACUUCACGUCGGUGAGGUGGCUAUCGAAUGAUGAGGUGUCCGUGGUGUGGCUGAACCGCCGGCAGAAUGUCUCAGUCAUAUCCAUUUGCCGCGCCAAGGUGUGGAAUUGUGAGCAGACGCACCUCGAGCAGUCCAGCACUUGGCUGGAACCUGGGGAGGCGCCCCUAUUCUCCCCGGAUGGUACGACGUACGUGACGGUGCUGCCGGUGCAGGAGGCAGACCUGGGCAGCUACCCACAUGUGGUCCAGGUGGAAACGGAUACGCAGCGCGCGACCACGCUGACACAGGGCGCCUUCGAGGUCACCAGCAUCGCCGCCUGGGACCACGAGAACCACCUUGUAUAUUUCAUGGCAGCUCCCGAAGGUGUCCCUGGGGAGAGGCACCUCUACAGGGUGGGCGAUGCCAACAGCACACUCAAGUCAUGGGAGUGCCUCACCUGCCCACCCCCAGAGGUACCCCCUGGACAUCCUGACACAGUCAAGCCCUGGUACCAUGAGUUGAAUCCCUGCAAUUCUGCAAAAUCAUCAGGAAGACAGAAUAAGACACCACCAAUGAGGAAGCACAAGCAGAAGUGCAAUGAAACUAGUGACUUGGACUGGGUGUGCCUGUUUGUGCAACCUCACUUCAGCCCAGGCCUGUCACCUAGAUACUAUGUCCUGGAAUGCCUAGGGCCCGAUCCACCAUUUCAUGUCUUGGUCGAUGCACUGUCAAACGCCAGAAUUGCUAUGUUGGAUUCCCUAAAUUCUUUAAGAGACAGACUAGCAAAAAUGGCUAUGCCUCAAGUGAAAACAUUCAAAGUCCAAGUUGCUGAUGGUUUCCAUGCUCAUGUAAGGUUUCACUUGCCUCCCGGACUGCGAGAAUAUGAAGACAUGAUAUUUCCACUGGUACUGCAUGUAUGUGGAGCUCCUGGAUCACAAUUAGUGUCUUCAAAAUGGGGUGUUGACUGGCCAACAUACUUGGCUGGCAAUAGGAAUUUCAUUGUUGCUCAAGUUGAUGGCAGAGGAUCUGGUUUCCAAGGAAAUCGGAUGAGGCAACAGCUGUAUAGGCAGCUUGGUUCUGUUGAAAUUGAAGAUCAAAUUGCUGUGAUUAAGUACCUAAAAGACAAUCUUAAGUUUAUUGAUAAAGAACGGGUUGGUGUUUGGGGAUGGAGUUAUGGUGGAUUUGCUGCAGCUAUGAUUCUUACCGAAGAUGAGAAGGUGUUCAGAUGUGGCAUAUCAGUUGCUCCUGUUACAAGUUGGGCUCAUUACGAUUCUGCAUACUCAGAGCGAUACAUGGGCUUGCCAGAGGGAGAGGACAACUACCUAGGAUAUGAAAAAGCAGAUGUAACAAAAAGAGCAGGAAAUCUUCAAGACAAAAUGUUCUUGUUAAUUCAUGGUACAGCAGAUCACACUGUGCAUUACCAACAGAGUAUGUUGCUUGUACGAGCACUAACAAAAGAAGGAGUGCUCUUCAGGCAUCAGACAUAUCCCGAUGAAGGAAACACAUUCUCUGGAGUCAAAAAUCACUUGUACCGAGUAAUGGAGUCAUUCUUUAAUGACUGCUUUGGACCACUGGAUUUUGAAGAAUGGGAGUUUGGAACAAAUCUUUUCUCUUUCAAACAAUAGCAGAACAGUGAGGCUGCAAUUGUGCAGUUUCUGUGAAAUGUCUCUCUAUUUUCUGCCGAGAAGAUAAUCAUGGUGCUGUACUUGAGCACCUCUGUUUUUGCAUCACAGCCAUGGAAUACAGUAGCUGAAUGCUGCAAUCACAAAGGCACAAUAAAAGAAUUGUGCCAGAUACAAGUGCAACAUAUGCAGUUGUUUACCAGUGUGUAACUUUCCUCCUAUGGCAGUAUUUUUAUUUUAUUCUCUUAUUACAGUUUCCCUUUCCUUUUCAGGCAGUAGAAUAUUAACAAGAAGUGGUCAUUUCUUAGAUCAAGCCUUUCUUAAUAAGAUAUUGCAUAAAACUGCUUAUUUAUGAAUAAAUUUCUGUUGUGGAAUAUACUCAAUAAAGAUGGCCAAAAAAUCUUGAGACCAACAGUAAGAAAAUUAACUUUUUGUCUUUCUAUAUUGAUAUAAUGCUGCAGUAUUUUCUAUUCCAUUUAACAUUGUAAUGCACAAAUUAGAUUGUGAGUUCUGAUUCAGUGUUUGUGCAUAAUCUGCUAGUAACUUUGGCCUUGGGUAUAUAUGUGUAUUACUGUACUUCAUUACACUAUGUGCAGUUUCCUGUAAACAAAACAUCAACAAAGUAAUAUUGCUGUCACAGCAGAUGAAAGUCAUGUAUCACACUAAAAUGGUUCAGAGACAAUCAAAUUUAGAAGAACAAAUAUUUGAUCAUAUUGUAUGAACAGGUAGUAUUUACAUUUCAGUCCAUAUUUUCCUCUGCUUUCUCACUGAAAUGCCCUACAUUUCAAUAAAACUCACACACAGCAUUACACUGCAAAUAAAAAUUCAUUCUAUUAUUAUAAAUCCUCUUAUGGCCUACUUCUUGUUGAUAUGAAUGAUUCAUCUCUGUGACUAGCCUUGGUAUAAGAAUAUAGUCUGUCUUUCCAUUUUUUAUUUUCUUUUAAUUGAAAGAACUGGUGAUCUUGCAUUUCAUUAUAUACCAGUAAAAAUUUCAAAUACCUUUGCACUGAAAUCACAGUCCUUGAGUACUUCUGCCAUAUUCUGCAACAGAAAUAAAACUUUCAUUUUCUUUGUCCGUAUACUGCUGUGUAUAUCUGCCCAGGCACUAUCUUUAAAACUAUGAAUAUUAUACAACUAAUUUAAUUUUAUCGAAAGUUCAAAAAUUAUUUUAUAAACAAAUACAAAUUUAGCUCACUUUUCAUUACCAAUGACAACUUUACAUCAUCAUCAGCAUGGUCUAACUUUCUUACAUUUUCCCACCAUUACUAAUGUAACUUCAUUAUAAUACAUAAAAUAAAUACCGUACUGCUGAAGCAAAUGAAAAUGUUUUAAAACCUCAUGGUUUACCAUGUGAAUGCUACUUUGCUGAAAUCAUUUUAUUCUAAUUUGUAAACUUGGUACAAUCAAGAAUAGUGCUGGUGGAGAAUAAUUUUAAAAACCAAUAAUCCAUCACCAUUUCUUUGUUUUGUCAUGAAUUGCCUAUUCAGCUUUUCAGUACUCAUUUGAUGAUGUUUUACAGUAACAAAUUAACUCCUCUUCAGAGCUGAAUGUGUUUUUUUAAAUUAUUCAUAAAGUUUCAUAUUUUUAUAAGAAUCAAAAGAAAACCAAUCAUAACAAAGAACCAUUUUUGAUAGUAAUAAAUUCUGAAGUACAGGGCAGCUACUUAGCAUUAAAAUACACUGUGUGGGCUUUCAACUACAUAUACUCCAAGUUAUACACUUCUGUUGGGAGAGUACUCACAAGAAACUAAUGAACAUUGUGUAGACAUAACGACUGUAUACUAAACAGUGGUUGUAAGUAUUGUUACUUAAAAAUAAAUAUAUUUUUAUGAUAAACAACUAGUUAAUAAAUAAUGCAUAUUAAAUGUAAAAGCUAACUUGAAAAGGACAUCUAAGUGUAGAAUCUAGUUGUCUAUGAAGAGAGACUUUUUAGUACAGAUCAUAAGAACCCAGUAAGAAGACUGUAAAAUUCCUUUGCAAAGUCAGUCUACAAGUGCAGUUACAUUUAUUACAAUAAAUUUAUAGUCUAUGUCUAUAAAAGUGAAGGAAUUCCAUCCAAGAUGCAGAUCAUAUGGUAAUGUGGUUUUUAAUUAUAUGUACCAUCACCGUCUCUCCGAGAGUUGAGGGUUUUCAUACAGACAAAUAAACUUCUGCUGGUACUCCAAUUGCAUCAUUUCAUAGAGUCAUGAGUUCUCAAGAAAUGCAGCUAACAAUUGCAAAAUUCAGACUGUGCAGCAGUGUUUGCAAUAGUGCCUAAAGUUUGUGCAUCUCAAAGUACAUUGAAAUGUUUUAGUAACUAGUGAGUUAUUUAUUUCAAAGUUAAUUGCAGGUCUUCAUUGAAUUUAAUUUUAAAUCAGCUGGAUAGUGAAAAGCUUAUAGUUCUGAUUGUCCUUUGUGCCCUGUUUUGUGAAACCUCACAGUUCCUUCAUUUUUUUGCCAGUGUUUAUGGCUUCAAAAUAUCUCAUGUUUGUUAACUUCAAAUAAAGAUUGAAAAAUUACAGAGACACAAAAUCACAAACUACAACACUUAUGUCAGUUAAUAUGUUGCUAACAUACUGACAGUAUUUAGUAAAUUCAUAAACAUAAUGUUUUCAACUGAAAAUUUUGAUAAGUUUACUAAAGUUUAUUACUGUCCCCUCCUCAAGUAUAGAUUAAUCAAAUUUCUCUUCACAUAUACACCACAAUCAAUCAACCAAUGUCAGAGUAGAACAGAAAGCUGAGAUAGAAUCCAAUGUUCAGGAAAUAUAAAGAUGAUGUCAGGAGCAUAGUUAUUUUGACUUGUAUUGGAUGUACAUGACUGUAAAGUGUAGCAAAUGGCUAAAAAUAUGCUGACCAUUCUUAUUCAGCCUUUGCAAAUGAACUGUGUACUCACAAAAAAAACAACCAUUUCCACAGCUCAAAAGCUUUCUUACAGGCAAUGAAGUCAUCUGCCAUAUCAGUCCACAUUUUCCACAAAACCAUCUGUUCUAAUAGUAACUUAAACUGUUAUUGAUCCAAAGAUAAUUUCUGCAAUUCAACACUAGACAGUACUUUUUUUUAAAUUAGUGAAUGGCAUUUGUAGCCAAAAUCUUUUCAAAUUAGUAUCACAGUACAAUGAUUAGUUCUCCAUUUCUGAAAUUUUUUUUUUUCUUUUUAUGUACGCAGUAACUGCUUUACUGGACAUGGAUAAACAAUAUCAUUAUUGUGCUUAAUUUCAAUUAAUAAACAGUUACAUAUCUAAGAUUCAGUUGUUUGUAUCAACCUAUUAAUCUCUUCUAAAUGUGCAAUAUGUUCACCUAACUUUCUUUUAAGUGGUUACUGUUUAUAUAUUAAUUCACAAUUGAGCUGUUGGCAUUUAUAACAUAUAUAAGUUAUUUUCAUUUGGUGAUUUAUUAAUUUUAUGAAAAGCAGUAAGUGUAUUCAGUUAAUUAUGGCUAAGAUUUCUCAGUUUAAAAAAUAAAAAGGAAUAAUUCUCUUCAUAUUUCAAUCAGUUCAGGUGAGAAAUACUGCUUCUGCUUCAAAUUUAUUCUUAAUUUUUAUUCUAUGUUAUUAAAAAUGUUAAUUUUUUGUGUUAUUUAGUCUUAUGUGGCUAAAUAUAGGAGACUCUUCUUUAAUUUUAUAUAAGCAGAAUAAAUACAAAAUUACAUGGGAUGGUCAUGUAUGCUGAUCUUCUUUCACUACCUAAUACCACUGAAAAUAUGACAGGUUAAUUUCAUAGUUCACAGUGAGUAAUAUAUUUCAUCCUUUGUAACAUCUCAGUCUCGUAAGUUGUGAGAAAGAAAAAUUUCCAUCUUAUAUUACUGUGCAGAAAAUACUGUCUGUUGCUAGUUUAAAUGGUUGCAGGUAUGUGCUUCCAUUUUAAUAACAUUAUAGACUAUUUAAUUGAAACAUAAAUACAUAAAAGGUAACAGAAUUAUGAAAAGACAUUAUAACUGCAGACAGCUUUUGCAAAGUUCAACAAGAAGCAGUUAUUUCAAAAUUCUCCAGACCUGUAAUUUGAAAAUGCUUCAAAUUUGGUGUUUCAAAUAGGAAGCCAUUAUUUUCAAAUUAUUUUGUAUGUGCUAAUUGAAAUAUACAUAUACAUACAUAUAUAUAUGAAGAGAAAACAUCUAUGUUAAAUCUUCUACUCAGACACUUUCAUAUUCCAGUAAGGCACAUUUUCAUUCUAAAACAAUUUUAAGUGUGUUAGUCUAAUAACAAAUUAAAGAUUUAAUUAUGUGAGAGUCGGUGCUUGUAUUUUCUGAAGUUUCAAGAUAUGUAACUUGAAGUUGUCUAAAGCUAUGUUUCUGUAUGAAUCAUUGUACAUAGAAAAGUUUCUAUAGAAGAGUGCUAAGAAAUAUAUUUACCAAAGCAAUGUAUGUACUUGUCACUACUUCACUUGCUUCACUAAACAGACAUGUCACUGCAUCUAAAACUUAAGAUUCGACUAUCUGUUCACAGAAGUUGUUGUGUUUAUGACAAGCAGUAGACAAAUGAAAAGUUGCUAAGGAAUGAAGAAUAUUUAAGAUUUUACAGAUGGUUACUGUAUAAGUGACUUAUUAAUGCAUUAUUAAUGCAUUACUGCUAUUAGUCUGGGAAAUAAUGUAAUAUUAAAUGGUAUUAUGCAUUUACAGUCCAGCUGUCAAUCUGUGUUGUAUUGAAUAUCAGUACCAAAUUUAAUUUUGUCAGUGUAUUGCUGCUGGUGUGAUUAGACCUAUGGAUGUUUUACAUGGAAUAGUUAAAGUUUUUAUGGUGUAAUCACAAGCUAUGAAGAAAUAUUUGUUAUGCAGUUUUCAUUACGUAUACUGUUAUUUUGU